UUUUUCUCUAAAAUUCUCAGCUAGUUGUUCUACGAAUGGGGAUACAAAUAAUUAAAAAAAGAGUAAUUUUUCAAUUUAUAUAUAUACAAAUAUUCUUUUUAUAACAAAAUUGGGAUUGUUCUAUACUAAUUCCGCCCUUACCCGCACUCUAAUCAUUCAAUUGAGUGGUUAUUAUUUCUAAAAUUGGCUGAUUUAUUUAAAAUAUUUUUUAUAUAUUACUAUUAAAGUUCUAAUAAAAUAAUCACCUCAUUCAAAAAAACACACACAAAUUCCCUAAUGCUCAUAUAUAACCUUCAAACUAUAUGGUGAGGGACUAUAGAGAUCAAAGUAUUAAUUCAAAUUAUUUUUUAAAAUAAAGAAAAUUUAUUAAAUAUUAAGAAGAAGAAAAAAAGAUUAUGUAUAGGAUCACCUCUGCAAUAAUAGGAAUUUAAGUGAGCAAAGGUGAGUCACACAAAUUUAAUAAAAAUGGAUAUCUAACUUUAUGUAGCGUAUUGUUUUGUAUUGAAGAAGCUAACCCAGUUGCGUUGUGUAGUCUGUAGGUGUAGGCCACAUAUUGCACCUUAAACGACACCGCAUCAUCGCCGUUGCCGUGCACUCUAACAUAGUCCAUAUUUAUUUAAUUUAAUUACAUUAUCACAUUAUAGUUUCUCGGCUAAUUUCUUGUCUAAAACGUCUACUUAGGAAAUUUUUUAUUCUAUGUAAAAAGGUGUGACUGCGGACCAACCUCCACUACAAAAAUAAAUAAAAUAAAAGAAUCCCUCAACUUUAUUCUAAAUUAAUAUUUGAGGCCCAAACUCGAAAUCAAAUACCAAGAAGAAUCCCCUUUCGCAGUAUUAUUGCGCUCACUCGUUGCCAGCUAUUGGAUAUUUCCUCUCUAUAUAUUCUCUAUCUACGAUGAAAUUCCCUUUAAUUACUUGUUAGUUGUUGUUUCCGCCUCACAAAUUCAUCGAAAAUAAAGGAAGGGAUUGAUUGCUUACUUGUAUAUAUCCGAUGUUUGUUGCGAAUCUGGUGUUGAUAUGCUUCGCGAUUGCGUGCUCGAUUUUUCUGGUGCGGUGGUUCCUGCACCGGACCGCUCUCAUCUACGGCGUCAGGAAAGGGGUGGAGUGGGUGGGAGACCGAGUUCACGUGCACCAGCACUUCAAGGUCCCCGAGUUGAACGAUUCGACUCAGCAGCAGAACCUGUUCUACCGCCGAGUUUCGCUCUACCUGAGUUCGCUGCCUUCGUUAGAGGACUCCGAUUUUACCAACCUCUUCACCGGGAGGAAGGCGAACGACAUCGUUUUGUCGCUCGACGACAAUCAGGCGAUCCAGGACGUUUUCCUCGGCGCGCGGAUUUCGUGGCUCAAUCGAGUGGAGAGAGAUCGCGGGAACCAGAUUGUUUGCCGGAGCUUCGUGCUGAGGAUUAAGAAGAAGGAUAAGCGGAGGAUUCUGAAACCCUACCUCCAGCACAUCCACGCGGUCUCCGACGACAUCGAGGAGAGGGGGGCGGAAUUGAAGAUUUACAACCAUUGCGACGGCAGGUGGAAGUCGGUUUUGUUCAACCACCCCGCCAGUUUCGACUCGCUCGUGCUCGAUCCGGAUCUGAAAACCAAAAUCCGGCACGAUUUGGAGACGUUUCUGAAAUCCAAACAGUACUACCACAAGCUAGGCCGCGUUUGGAAACGCAGCUAUCUCCUCUACGGCCCCUCCGGCACCGGGAAAUCCAGUUUCGUCGCCGCCGCGGCGAAUCUCCUCAACUACGACGUCUACUACGUCAACCUCUCGCAAGUGGCCGACGCGGCGGAUCUCAAUUCGCUUCUGUUGCAGACCACGAGCAAGUCUCUGAUCGUCGUCGAGGAUUUGGAUCGCUACGUUUCCGAUAGGUCUAGCGCGCGGAUUGCGUCGUCCGGUCUGCUGAAUUUCAUGGACGGGCUAUUGAAUUGGCAGGACGAGAGGAUUCUGAUCUUCACGAUGAACAGCAAAGACGGAAUCGAUUCGGCUCUGCUGCGGCCGGGGAGAAUCGAUAUGCACAUUCAUUUCCCCAUGUGUGAUUUCACCUCCUUCAAAAAUUUGGCGAACAACUAUCUAGGAGUGAAGGAGCACAAACUGUUUCCUCAGGUGGAGGAGAUUUUCCAGAGCGGCGCCACGAUGAGCGCGGCGGAGAUCAGCGAGUUGAUGCUGGUGAAUCGGUCCUCGCCCAGCCGCGCGUUGAAGUCGGUCAUCUCCGCCUUGCAAUCGAACAGCAAGGGCAGCGGAAAGGUCGCGACGCGGCUGAGCGACAGCUCGGCGUCGUCUCCGGCGCCGCCGUCCAUCACGGAGGAAGGAGGCGGCGCCGCCUGGAAGGAAACAAUGCCGAAGGAGUUCCGGAAAUUGUAUGGACUGUUACGGCUGAAGAGCUGCAAGAGACCUGGAUCGUUCGAUCACGAUGAAUGUGAACGGUGACAGAUGCAAACACAAUAUACCGCUUCUUUAUUUUCCUAUUUUAUAUUCAGUUAAUAAGUGAUCAUGUAAUUAGUUUUUUUUUUCUCCCUAUAAUUCGUGCAAAGGCUAAACCGGAUUAUUUUAUUCGCGUCACAAUUAAUUUAAAUUAUUGUGAUGAUUUGGAGGACACUUUGCUUCAUCAUUUUAUAAUUUAUUAUAGUAAUGUUUAUUUGAUUGUUUA